AUGGACGGUCUUGAAGAGAUUCGCAAGCGCUAUCCGCUCGCACCGUCGACGUUUGCCAGUAUCUGCAAGAUCCCCCCGCAGCCAGAUCGGAGCACCGUCUUCCACGCCGCCUUGUCAGCCGUCGAGCUGCAGCCCUUUGCGAUACGACCGGCCGAGCGGGCGUGGCUGCGCCACAUCAACGAGCACACGCCGAUCCCGUACCCGAUCCGAGAGCCCGUGGCGGAGCCGCGGCACAAGGCGUCGCUCCUCGUGCAGAUGGACCUGACCGGGGAGCAGUGGCUGGGCAAACUGACGCAGGCGGCGCGGCGCGAGCUGCUGGCGGACCGGCGGCCCAUCUACCGUGUGCUUGACCAAGCCCUCCGGUGCGCCAUCGACGUCCUCGGGCACCGCGGCGACGGUCGCGGCGUGAGCGUCGGACUGGACGUGCUCCGCAGCGUGCACGCACGGGUCUGGGAGGGAGCCGGCGGCGUCGGCAGCGGCAACGAGCUGCUCCAGGUGGAGGGAAUCGGCGCCGCGCGGCUGCGGAAGCUGGCGGACGCGGGCGUGCGCACGGUCAGGCGGCUGGCGAGCCUCGAGUGCUACCACAUCGAGCGGCUGAUGAGCCGCAACCCGCCGUACGGGCAGACGCUGCUGCGGCAGCUCGCGGGGUUUCCGCUGCUGACCCUGGACGCGGAGGGCUUGGGCGAGCAGCGGAGCAAGGACGGUGGUGGCGAUGGUGGUGGUGGCUCGCGAAGGACGAUGAUGGUGCGCGUGGUGAUGGGGUUCGAGAACAAGGCGACGCCGGUGUGGAAGGGCCGCACGCCGUGGGUGUCGUGCGUGAUGGAGGCGCUGGAGGGGAGAGAGGAGGGGAAGGGGAAGCUGCUGUGGUUUUGGCGAGGCAGCGUCAAGAGGUUGGCCGUGGAGGGAGGGGGCGGCGGUGGGAAGGAGGUCGUGGUGGGCGUGACGACGGGCUAUCAAGGUUGUAAGCUGAGGGUGACGCUGGCGUGUGAGGUAUUGGUGGGGACGAUGGUGCAAAAGGACUUGGAGCUUUAA